CUCACGCUGGACUGCCGCUCGUCAGAUCUCGUAUACCCAGAUUCUUCCAACAGCAUGGCGUAAGAGGUAUGCUCCAAGUGGAUACCCCAGCUACUCAACUGUGUGAUGUUGUUAAGAUCACUCUGCUUGGGAAAUUAGGUUCUUGUCCGCCGAGCUAUGGUAUCACGAUCAUGACUCUGGCUAGCUUCCAAUGUCGAGAAGCCAUGAGCAGACCAAUACGGACUUCCUCCGUCACUACAAGCCGCGAGUUCACAGAACUCCUGCUCGAAUGCCGGGAAGUGCUCAAGGCACACGUAUAUUAUAACAACGUACUGGUGGCUGAAACAUCUCAGCCUGUACAGCUGUUUCCAUCUGUCCCUUCGACACCUCCCCCAGUCGGUUUCGACGACUUUGGCGGCGAGUAUAUCAUGGAAAAUCUGCGAAGAACGAGCAAGCUGUUGACAAAAAGAGAUUCUCUGCAGCUUGUUCUGACCGAACCCAAGCCACUAUCGCUCUGGGACGAUGAACAAUCGCGUCUCCUCGAGAUCCCAAUGACCUGUCGUCUACAACAUAUCGCAAAGGAUGUCCCAAUUGUUUGUGCAAAGAUCUCCUGGCGGCUUAAGACAUGUACCACGGUCUCAACGAUUCCGCUACCAUGUGCGCCGACCUCUCGACAGACAAUGCAUUGCUCUUUCCUUGGUGAUGUGAUUAGCAGAUCUCCAGAGAGGUCGACAGACGUCAGAUGGGUAGAUUGGGUCCCCUGCUCGGAUGUUUCAGAUGGAUGGAACUGGAUCAAAACAGAUAAUGUAUGGCUGAGCAUACCUCAACCCCGAGAUAGUGUGCCGUCUUUCUUCAAUCUUCUGGUCUGCCGUCGGUACAGCUUGGAGCUGUCAAUA